UCCUGUAAGGAUCUGCCUCUCUUUUGUUUUGAUCGACAAGACCUUUCCUAUAUAUUUGAGCAAUCAAGCAGCCCAGUAACAGAGGUAGAGACAUUUACCCAGAGCAAACUUCUACCAUUCAUUGUGACUUUCUGAACCUUGAGUAUAAGUUUCAGCUCUAAAAGAAGAGUUAACUCCAACAUGAUCAGGUAAGUGCUUCUCUAUAUUUGAAACUUCAUUCCACUUGAGGAGAAGCCCAUAGAGCCCUGCUAAGGUGACAGGUCAGAAGUAGGAGCCAUAGAGAUAAGAUUUGGAAAUGAAUAACCUCAUGACCCAUUUUAAAUGAUAACGAAUUAGGGGCAUUCCAUAAUGCAAUGUCUACUUUCAACAUUCCUACGUUCAACAUUCAACAUAGAGGGCCAAGCCUGAUGAUUCUGGUCCUGAAAGAACACAGAAAAUGACCAAGAUCCAGAGAUGAUAGACUUGAUCAUAAAUUGGGAUUGGAUUUUAAACUCCUUCAAUGCUUUACAUCAUUUGGAUUUAAAUGGAUUCACAGCUAGGUACCUGUUACAGCAAGAGCCUUCUGCAGAGCCAAGUGGUAGGGGGAGGACACAUUUUAUGAAGGGGAUUCUAAGUCAGGUGACCAGGUUUCAUAUCUCUUCUGCACAUCCAUGUUUUGUGGUAGGUUGGGUUAGUAACAAUAUGCGUAGGGCAUAGAGUUGUUAAUAUUUGUUUAUUCCCCACCCAUCAUGCUUGAAAAUAUAAUUUUGAGCGAAGCAUAUAACAUGGCAUCCAAAUACUCGGGAUCUGAAGAAAAAUAAUUUACAUGUGUUAUGUUAGAAUGUGCAUUACUUUUGGUGUUAUUCAUACUUUACAUUCAUUUUGAAGAGACUGUUGGAACAACCUUUGCUAACACCCUAACAACAAGUCAAGUCCAGCAGUUGGGUCACAAUAAGGAGUAGCCUGAGUAUGCCCUUGGAUGAGGGGUAUCAAGAGGACACAGUGGGUCUGUGGAGCCAGCUACAAGGAAACCAUGGGUACCUGUGUUGGAAUUUGUCAGCAUUUAUAAUUUCGUGGCCCAUUUUUUCUAAGAUGCUAAGAGCAAGGUCCCUUUGAAUGCAACCAACAUAUUGUUGGCCUUCUGUCCCAUCGGGGCAGCUGGUUCUGUAAAUUAACUCUCCUUCCUCUCCCUCUCCUGAGGAACAGCAUGAGGCCUGCAUACCUUUUCCUUGGCCCCAUGGCCCUCCUCCUUCUGGUUGGCUGCAGCUGUGUCCUCAGCACCUCCAAUGAGAGCCUGCACACCUUUGUGGGCUGUGCUGUGAGGGAGUUUACUUUUGUGGCCAAGAAGCCGGGUUGCAGAGGCCUUCGAAUCACCACGGAUGCCUGCUGGGGCCGCUGUGAGACUUGGGAGAAACCCAUUCUGGAACCUCCCUACAUUGAAGCUUAUCAUCGAGUCUGUACCUACAAUGAGACCAAACAGGUGACCGUCAAGCUGCCUAACUGUGCUCCUGGAGUCGAUCCCUUCUACACCUACCCCGUGGCUGUCCGCUGUGACUGCGGGGCCUGCUCCACUGCUACCACCGAGUGUGAGACCAUCUGAAGCUGGCGUGGUCUGCACAACAUAGCUGGCGGCCUUG